AUGAAGCAGGAGAUCAGCACCUCUAUAGUGACUCCUGGUUACAAGGAGGAACCAGAACCUGUGACAAUUAAGGUCCAACUGGAAAAAUCAGAAGAUGUACAGAUUAAAGAGGAAGAGAAGAGAAUGGAACCGAAGGAGAUGAAAGAAGAACCAGAAUCUAAACCAAUUAGAAAGGAGCAGGUUGAACUGCAGUUCUCUCUGGAUGAAGGGCUUCAUUUAGUGAAGCAGGAGAACAACACCUCUAUGGUGACUGCUGCUGACAAGGAAUGGAGGAUGGAGGCAAAGGAGGAACCAAAACCUGUAGGGAUUAAAGUGGAAGAGAUGGACAUUGAACCAGGGCAGAUGAUUCACACAAAGGAGAAACCAGAACCUUUCCCAAUGAAAGAACAAGCUAAACUCAAUAUCAUCCAGAACAAAGUGCAACCUUUAGGGAAUCAGGAGACCCAGCCCUUUAUUCUGACUCCUGCUGUUGAUCAGAAUGACUACAGUGAACCAGAAACAAUCAAGAAUCAUAUGCUCAGUUUAACGCUCCCUCAUAUUCAACAAACCUUAACCAUGGACACCAGAAAUAACACUGCAUCAGAGUCUUUUGUUUGUGAAACAUGCGGUAGAGCUUUCUCCUUCAGUUGUAGUCUGGUUCGUCAUAUGAGAACUCACAGUGGUCAGAGGCCGUUUCCUUGUGAAUUGUGUGAAAAGUCUUAUUGUGACCGUAACACUUUGAAUAAUCACAUGAGAACUCACACAGGUGAGAAGCCGUUUAUUUGCAAAAUGUGUAGUAAGUCUUUCACUAAGAGUAGUAGUUUGGUUUGUCACAUGAGAACUCAUAGCGGUGAGAAGCCGUUUGCCUGCAAAAUGUGUGACAAAUCUUUCAACAGAAAAAGUAAUUUGGUGUAUCACAUGAAAACUCACUCUGGCGAUGAGCCCUUUGCUUGCAAAAAAUGUAAUAAAUCUUUCAGUGAAGAAAGUAUUUUGGUUUAUCACUUGAAAACCCACUCUGGUGAUGAGCCCUUUUCUUGUACAACGUGUGAUAAAUAUUUCAGUAGACAAAGUAAUUUGAAUCGCCACAUGAGAACUCACACAGGUGAGAAGCCUAUCUCAUGUAACACCUGUGGUAAAAAAUGUCUAAAACCACAAUCUUUGGAAAGGCAUAUCAGAACUCAUAGAGGGGAGAAGCCGUAUCUAUGUUCAACCUGUGGUAAAGGCUUUAGUGACAGAAGUAAUAUGCAGAGACACAUGAAAAUUCACACAGGUGUAAAAUCUUUCUCAUGUGAAACCUGUGGAAUAAAACUUUCCAGACCGCAGUAUCUGAAGGCGCACAUCAGAACUCAUUCAAAGAAGAAGCAGUAAACAUGCUAAAUUAGACAGGUGAAAAGGCUUCUUCCUGUACCCUUUGUGGUACGUUAUUUCCUGACAAAAGUUGACUCCCCAGUCUCAAGAGAACUCACACAGGUACUAAACCAUAACCUUAACCGGCUCAUGUGACUAUUGUUUUAUACGUCGUUUUAUUUUGGCUUUUGAGCCUAAUGCUUCAUAUUUGUAAGAUGGGUAACUGGUACAUUGUCACAUUACUUGAAG